UGUAAACGAAGGGUUUUGUAGUUUUUAAGUUAAAAAAUUAGUAGUUUUAGUAAAAAAACCCAUCCAUUGCGGUCCGUACUCCGUGGGGUCAACGCAAUCACCCCUGAUACAGUGCCGUGGCCAGCAUCCGAUCGGCUCAUUAGCGGGGAUUAUCAGGGGAUUGUGUCGGGAGUGCGAGUUUUUUGUGUAUGGUUUUGUUCUUUCCCUUGCGCAAAAGGUUGAAACGUGGUCGUGUGCUACGUGGUGAAGCAAAGGCUCUGUUCCAUCCCCGUCAUUAGCGAUGGCCAGUCCGCGUACGCGUCGGGUCCUAAGCGAGCUGAAACCUUCGGAUGGAAAUAAUAAAUGUUUCGAAUGUGGCACCCACAAUCCCCAGUGGGUAUCGGUGACGUAUGGCAUCUGGAUAUGCCUGGAGUGUUCCGGCAAGCAUCGCGGCCUGGGUGUGCAUCUUUCGUUCGUGCGGUCCGUUUCAAUGGACAAGUGGAAAGACAUCGAGCUGGAAAAGAUGAAGGUUGGAGGAAACCGAAAGGCGCGCGAUUUCCUUGACGCCCAGGACGACUGGGAUGAUACGAUGCCGAUACAGAGGAAGUACAACACGCGGGCUGCUGCCCUGUACCGCGACAGAAUUAGCACGCUUGCCCAAGGCCAAUCGUGGGACGAAGCGGGUGCGCUUGCUCGGCUAAAAGGAGCCGGCUAUGCUGCGGGCAUGGCGAGCAGUGGUAACGGAUCCGGAACCGGUGGUUCUGGCUCGAUGACGCAUUCCAGGAGCAGUGGCUCGAUGGGGGGCUACCAGAAUGGAGGUGAUUCGUAUUAUCAGGACGGAGGAAGCUACCAGCAGUACCAGACGCCGGAGUUUAAGGCGCAAAAGGAGGACUUCUUCAGCCGAAAGCAGGAGGAAAACGCUUCCAGACCAGAAAAUCUGCCUCCGAACCAGGGCGGAAAGUAUGCCGGUUUCGGCUACACGAUGGACCCACCGCCUCGAAGUCAAUCCCACGAGCUUUUCGAUUCCGUUCAAUCGUCGUUUGCUACGGGCUGGAACGUCUUCUCGAAAGUAGCGAACGUGGCGAAGGAGAACGCCCUGAAGUAUGGAAGUAUGGCCUCACAAAAGGUAGUAGAAGUUUCAAGCAACGUUUCGGAGAAGGUUAAGGAAGGUACCCUGUUGGAAGGCGUAGGUUCACAAGUAUCGAGCCUGGCAACAAAGGUGACAGAAGUGAGUCGUAAAGGAUGGGGUGGUUUCGGUGCCCCAGGAGGCAGUUAUAGCACUCCGUCCGGCAGCAACGAUCAGUACAGUAACAUGUCGUCGGACAGCAACGUCAGCAGCCCGAUUAAUGGUCGACAGGGAAGCGGUGGUUAUCAGCAACGUGGAUCCACGCGCCGAGACGACUCGUGGACUGGCAACGGCUGGUCGAACGAUAACAACUCGAACAGCUUGCCGCAAUCGUAUCAGAACGCCAGUGGCACCAAUGGUGACAACGAUGACGACGGUUGGACCGGGUUCGAAUCGUACUCCGGUAAGCCAACUCAGUCCGCCGAGCCGAUGAACCACGUAGACUUACGCAACGACAACUUCGAGCGCCACUCGAAGUCGGGUGGGUCACGCCGCUCCAGCAACAAUGGUGCCAGCAAACAGACGGCCAAAUCGUCUCCUGCCAGCAUCGACCAAGACUUUGCCUCCCUCGAUAUCAAGAAUAACCGGGCGCCAAAGGGCAGCGGUAGUGGUAACAGCACUUCCAAGAAGGCGAAUAACAACCCGGAGGACGAUCUGUGGAACAUGCUGAACAAUUAGGGAAUUUGCCCGCAAUUUUGGGACGAAUUUUAACAAAUCAGACUACGAAAUGUUUUUUCUUUGUUUGCCAGAUGUGGCGCACUUAAGGGGGGAGGGUGCACCACCUUAAUGUUUCACUCUUCUCCCUUUUCUGUACCGAGAAAGUGUGUAAUCCAAUUGUAUUAUAAGGCUAUACCGGGCGAUCGGUUAUAUAUCCGACAGACGCCUUAAAGUUACACUCCUGAUUCAGAUCUGGUGGUAGAUAAAAGAAAGCAAGAUAGAGAGAGAGAGAGAAAGAGAGAGUAUAGAGAAAAAAUAUUUAUGCAAGUAGACACAUUUAUCCGUGGUUAAAAAAACGAAAAACAGAACAGAUCCAGGCAUGGUGGGAUGUAAAACAAAAGUAAGAGAUGAACAACGGGAGUGGUAUAUAUAUAUACACACAUAUUCCAUAUUCUAGGUGAAAUUGAAAACGACAAUGAACAGCCAGACCGACUAAAAAAGUCGGUCAUUUUUGUCGCAAUUCCCAAAACCAUCCCGAACCAUCCUUCUAGCAAAAUGACUAUGAUACUGAAGUGGGAAAAGAAAGCAUCAUUCUAUAGCGAAUAAAAGUGGUCGUAAUUAUAAUCGUAAUCAAGCUAGGCUAAAACACCGAGCACAAAUGUGCAACAACUGUGAUGCGAGAAUAUCCGAAG